UCUCAUUCUGAGUCCAAACUAACAGAGAGCAUCUAAUGGAAGUACAGAGAAGUGUCGCGUCCCAACAAAGCACCACCACCACCACCAGCAGCAGCAUGUGUGAGUCCACGCAGAGAUCCUGCGAGCCUCGCCGAAAGAGAGUGGAUGAGCGCAGUGCGCCCUCGGAGAUGUCCAGGAUUAUCACCGAUCCUGCCACGGGGAAGUGUUACUGCCGUGGAAAAGUUUUGGGAAAGGGAGGGUUCGCUAAAUGCUACGAGAUGACCGACCUCUCCACCAGCAAAGUUUACGCAGCCAAAAUCAUUCCACAUGCGCGCGUCUCCAAACCUCACCAACGGGAGAAGAUUGACAAAGAAAUUGAGCUGCACAGAGCACUGCACCAUAAACACAUAGUGCACUUUUAUCACUAUUUUGAGGACAAGGAGAACAUCUACAUCCUGUUGGAAUACUGUAGUAGAAAAUCGUUAGCCCAUAUCCUUAAGGUUCGUAAGGUGCUCACUGAGCCAGAGGUGCGUUAUUAUCUGAGGCAGAUUGUGUCUGGUCUGAAGUACCUGCACGAACAAGAAAUCCUUCACAGAGACCUGAAACUUGGUAACUUCUUUGUGAGCGAGUCCAUGGAGCUGAAGGUCGGGGACUUUGGUCUGGCUGCCAAGUUGGAGCCGGCGGGAAACAGGAGGAAGACGAUCUGUGGAACUCCCAACUACCUGUCCCCCGAGGUGCUAAACAAGCAGGGCCACGGUUGUGAAUCAGACGUUUGGGCCCUUGGCUGUGUAAUGUACACCAUGUUGUUGGGCAGACCACCGUUUGAAACCACCAACCUGAAGGAAACGUACAGGUGUAUUAGAGAGGCCCGGUACUCCCUGCCCUCGUCCCUGUCACCACAGGCUAAGCAGUUAAUUGCCAGCCUGCUCGCCAAGACCCCCGAGGACAGACCCAACCUGGAUCUCAUUCUGAGGCACGACUUCUUUACACAGGGCUUCAGUCCAGAGCGUCUGCCGGCUAGCUGUUGCCAUUCAGCUCCAGAUUUCCACAUCUCCAGUCCAGCCAAGAGCUUCUUCAAGAAAGCUGCUGCCGCACUCUUUGGUGGGAAGAGAGACAAGGUCAAAUACUACGAAACACUGAAUAAGUUAACCAAAGAGGAAGAGGAGAUUUACAAACUGCAGCAUGACCUGGAGAGAACUGUCAUCAUCCAGCAACAGAGCAAAAAGAUUUCUGAGAAUGGAAGUCUACUUCCGCCAUCUGCAGAGAGCCACGUUGCCUUGGCAACAGAGAGCCAGUCUCCAGCUACGCAAGACACCAUCCGUCUGAUUGUAAGGGGAAGUCUGGGGAGCUGCAGCAGCAGCAGUGAAUGUCUGGAGGACAACACAACAGGCAGUGUGGCCGAGACUGUUGCAAGCGUGUUGAGGGGAUGUUUGGAGAAUAUGCCUAAAGCAGACGACGUUCCUCAAGGCUCGACGAGCUGCAGCCUUCAGUGGGUGACAAAAUGGGUGGACUACUCCAACAAGUACGGCUUUGGCUACCAGUUGUCUGAUCACACCGUGGGAGUUCUCUUCAACAAUGGCACUCACAUGAGCCUCCUGCCUGACAGAAAGACCAUCCAUUAUUAUGCAGAGUUGGGCCAGUGCUCUGUUUUCCCCACCUGUGAGGUUCCGGAACACUUUGUGGGCCAAGUGACUGUACUCAAGUACUUUUCUCACUACAUGGAGGAAAACCUCAUGGAUGGCGGGGAUUUGGGCAGUAUGACAGACGCACACAUGCCCAGACUCUACCUGCUGCAAUGGCUCAAGUCCGACCGCGCCCUCAUGAUGCUCUUUAACGAUGGCACAUUCCAGGUCAACUUUUACCACGACCACACCAAAAUCAUCCUCUCCUGCCAGCAAGACGAGUACAUGCUGACGUACAUCAACGAGGACCGCGUCUCAAAAACCUUCAAACUCAGCUCCCUGCUGACGUGCGGCUGCCCCACCGAUCUGCGUGAUCGCAUGGUGUACUCCCUCAACAUGCUGCUGCAGAGGUGCAGCUAAAGCCGACGAGGACACGUCCCGGAACGGUGUGAAGUAACGCUCCAUCCGACGCACUGUGCCCCAGCGGAAUGAUGAUUA